AUGAAUGGGAUAUGGCCAGGCGUUGACAACCUUACCAUUGCCAGUUAUUGUAUUAAAGUGUGGCGUCUUCAUCAUCUCAAACCUGACACUAUUGGAUUAGUUCCGCCUAUGGGGUACUUGCAGAGAGACGUGGCGUCGAAAGUGGCUCGAACGUGGCUCGUGUACAUGGAAGCCUGCAUGCCGCCCCAAGACGCUGAAAAUUUUACAUAUGUCGGCAAGAACAAAGGGGAGUUCAGGGUUCCCAUACCGCACACGCGUUACAAAGCGGAUGGUUAUCUGCCCAGGACACGUACGGUGUACGAAUUCUAUGGAUGUGUAUGGCACGGUUGUCCCGAUUGUUUUAGCCCCAAAGCCAAGUGUUUGAGAGUGGGUCAGACCUUUGCCACCCUUUAUUCGCGUACCUUGCAGAGAGAAGGCGUACUCAAAGACAACGGUUUUAAUAUUGUCUCCAUGUGGGAGUGCGAAUGGCGCAGUCGAUUGAGAGGUGCUGGACAACUGCGCGACAUGUACGACUUCUUAGUCGGAGAAGAAGUGGAUGCCCUCAUCAAAGAACCUCACAACCCCAGAGAGGGACUGUAUGGGGGUCGUGUCGAUUGCAAUCAGUUGCUGUGGCGCGCCAUGCCAUGUUCGCCUGAUGGGUUAGCCGCGCGUGACAGCCGUGACGACAUUUAUGCACGACUAUCACGCAAGCACCUCAAGUAUUACGAUUUUACUUCGUUGUACCCCAGCGUUAAUAAAUAUUGUCAUUACCCUCUGGGUCAUCCCGUCAUACUGCACAAUCGUCAGUGGAAACCGAAAGAUUAUGCAUUCGCCACGUUUUUCGGGUUGGCACACGUACGCAUCUUACCUCCGCAGAAUCUCUACCACCCCGUGCUACCCUAUCGCGUAGAGUGCGUGGAUAAAUUUUACAAGACUCUCUUCGUGUUGUGCAGGACUUGCGCUGUGGAUUGCAAUUUCGAGCUGAACAGCUGUAGACACACUCCUGACGAGAGGGCCCUAUUGGGUGUGUCGUUCAACGAAGAAAUAAAAUUGGCAAUAGAAAAGGGUUACACCGUUCUCAACAUCUUUGAAGUGUGGCAUUAUGGCAACAAAAGCACCAAUCUAUUCGCAAACUACAUUAAGCAAUUUCAAAAGGGCAAGCAAGAAGCUGCGGGCUGGCCAUCCGAUUGUGUCACCCAGGAACAGAAGGACGCUUACAUUAAAGAGUACGCCGAAGCAGAGGGCGUUCAAUUGGACCCUCUUCGCAUUGGUCCCGAAAGAUAUGCCACCAUGUAUGCCCUAAAUAAGCUUUGCAUGAAUUCCUUUUGGCGUAAGUGGGCCGAAUCGCAGGAUCAGACUAACCAUGCCAUAUUGCACGACCUUCAAUCGUUUUACAAACAUCUCGGAGAUCCAAACGUAAAAGAAUUCAAAUUCACCUUUAUUUCUGAAGGCGCCAUGUACUUGGAGUUUAAGCAUCCUUCCUACAGGCUGGGUUUCACACACAAGGGAAACCCCGUGCACGCUGUCAUGACGACGGCAUGGGCCAGGAUUCGUCUGUACAGGGAGCUGUUGGACACCCUGAAAGAAGAUGUGUUGUACUCAGACACCGAUUCUGCGCUUUUCAAGGUGGAUAUGGAUAAUCCUAAUCAAUAUCACCCACCCACUGGCAGAACAGGUCAGGCGUUAGUAAGAGAUCCAAAGGUCUAUAGUUUGAAAUGCGACAAUCUUAAUGCUUCAGAGGGAUUUAAGUCCAAUCCUUGUGUAACAACAUUGAAGGAAUGGUGGACAAAAGAGCUUGGAACUGACCAGGUAAAAGUCUCCGAGACAAUAAGUACUAGUAGAAAGAGUUUAUUAGAAGAACUAGGUGGUUCAUCAGCGUCUGAAGACGAAACACAUAGUAAGUUGCAAAAAUCAGAUCUAGGAAAAAAGCGAAAGGCAGAUAAGCUCAGCACUGGUAAAAGUAGUACUGCAGUUUCGAACUUAGAUGAAUCUCCAAGCACUUCAGUUUUAAGAGCAUCAAAGAAGCAGAAACCAAGUAGCACUUCUGUUGAAAAACAAAGUGGAAAAUCUUCUCCAGAAUUUGAAUCUAGUAAGAGGUCAGAAACUACUUCAAAAGUGCAAAAGUGGAAAGUUCCAGGUCCUUUGUCUAGUGAUGAAGAUGACACGGUAACAUAUAAAUCAAAACAGCCUGAAGUACAGAAAAAAUCAGUCAAAGAUAAAAAGACCAAACGGAAGCGUAAAGAGUAA